CGAAACACAUUUUUUCAAUGACCAGACAUAGUUUUAUUUACAAAUGGCAAAAAUGACAAAAAAAGAGAAAUAUCCUUAACUUUUUGUUUGUAGUGUAGGUUAUGAUGCUUUUACUUUACUAGUCCUGGAGGAAAUGAGUUUGACACCCCUGCUCUAGAUCUUAUUGACCAUGAGUGUCGAGCAGCAUCCAACAUAUCUGGAUUCCAAAUAUAUUUAUAUUUUAUAUCUGCUGAAUUUUAUUCCUUUUCUUUUGCAGAGAUCCUGUUUCCAAUGAUCAUGCAACCUGUGAUUCACUUCAUGUCACCUGAGUGGGCGUGGUCAGGAGGGCUCACAGUGUGGUUUAGACAAAGCAGAUUAAUAAUAUCUAAAAACAACAAAAAUACCCUAAAGUUGUAUAUUUUUCACUUUGAACUAACUCUAAUUAUUACGAUCAUUUAUUUUAUUUCCCUGUUCCAUCCUUUAGGUCAGAUCUUGUUCUUAAACAUCUUUUCAGUCAGUUACGUCUGUAGAUCCUGAGUCACCAAGAUGGUUUUCUAAUACAAACCUUAACAAAGACCAGCUCUUAAUAGCGUCAACACCCACUUUGCAAAAUGUUUUGCAGAUUUUAUCACCAACAGGCCAAGCUGAUUAUUAUCCAAACUGAGAAUCGCCUUGACCUGAUGGUUGAGUUGGAAAAUGUGUAGAUAAAGAGCAGAUAAGUAGCAGAUAAAUGAGAUCAGGAGGAAGAUAAACAUGUAGAGAAAUGUGUAAAAUUCACACAAACACUUACAUGACACAGCUGUUGCUUCAGAUACAGGAUCAGGUGUGAAAAAAAAUGUAACUACACUACUACAGAGUCCAUAUUUUUCCUAAAAUGAAAGAAAUGUGGGCCAAUUUCACUGUUUAGUUGAAAAUUAUUAGUGUGUAAUGUAAGUGUAGUUACACAUUUUGUUGUGUAAUGCUGAAUUUGUUAAUUCUUGCAAACUGAAAAUUAAAAUCAAAAACAGUUGAUUACCAAAAAAAAAAAAAAAAUUCUAACUUUAUGACAUUUCCAGAUCAGAUUUAAAUUCAUUGGUGAAUCUUUAAACUAAUUUCCCAACUUCUAAUAUUAUGAACCUAUGAAUUUUAAUAUAAACUGCGACAUGUUGACAGAUUUUCACAUCGGUUUCCAUCAUAGAUUUGAAAAAGACCCUGAAAAUCUGGAAAAGAAAGACUCAGUUUGCCUCAAAUAUUUUAUAUAUGUGUUAUUAGUAGCCAUAUAUUGAGUAGAAUGUGUUAAUAAGUCUUUUUUUUUUUUUUACUUAAUAUUAAUGAAGCUAAAUUGAAGGGAAAUAAUGGUAUUUUCCUUUUGUAAGUGAAAAAUGAAAAAAAUUAAGUGCCAAACAAUGAACUGACCACAUAAGAUUUAGAUUAUUUUGAAUUAAAGUAAAUGAUUUUAUGUUUUCAUGACCGUGUUCUUAAGUGUUAGGAAUGACCUGUGCUUUGUUGGCGUCUUCUGGUGUUAAAACUUUAUUUUUGUGCUUCCAUAUUGAAGAGAACGGGCCUCAUAUGAGGAAGAGGUGGAGUUGUUAUAUGAGAAACAUCUGAACCUGUGAAAAUGAUGUGUUAGUGUUGCAUUUUCACCAAACUGUUGAACUGAAAAGACCAAUAGCCUUAAACGUCAGGAUGGAUGUGACACAGAGAAACCAUGAAGAUGAAGAAAACCGAGAAACACCCGCAGGUUCUUGUCAAACUUGUCAGGUGAUGGCCGGAAUUUCUGUUGCUAUGGCAACCGUAUUCAUGAUGACAGCACUUCUCUUGUGUCCGUUAUGGGCCACAUGGACGGCAAAACCAGAACUAGAUCUGCCCUCUGAAUGGUCAGAACAUGAGCUGGUGGAGCGGCUGCAGCGCUGUCAAACAGAGAAACAUGAUCUGAACCACAUGCUCCAUACUGUCACUGAAGACUCCAGAUGUAGGUUGUGUCCAGCUGGAUGGAUGUGGUGGAGGAGUCACUGCUUCUUUUUCUCUGUUGGUUUGGAGGAAAACCUAAAGUGGAAUGAAAGCGCUGGGUUUUGCCAUCGCCAUAACAGCAGCCUGGCUGUGAUCAGAGACCCUGCAGAGAUGGAGUUUAUUGAAGGGGUGAUGAAGACGUUCCCAGUGUUUCCCUUCCUGUGGGUCGGGCUGACAGACUCUGAACAGGAGGGUCAGUGGAUGUGGUCGGACGGCACUGACAUCCAGCACCACAUGAAGCUGACAGUGGAGUGGGAUGCAGAUCACAGAGACUGUGCCGACCUGAGGGGAAACAGGACUUUAUUCGCCUCCGACUGCGAUACCCACGGACCCUGGGUUUGUAAAAAAAAAUCCUGAAAACACCAACUGACCCCAAAUAAAGCUGACUUUAUCGAUUCAGAGCAAGGAUGAAGCUUCACCUGCAUCCAGAGACUCAGACUUUAUUAAAACCUAGCAUUUCCUUUAGGUAAAAGAAGUGCCGCAUUUUGUAAAAUAUUUGACUGGGAUCUGUUUUUCUAUAUUUAAGUCAGGUUUACUGAAGGUAGAAAUAUAUACAACAACAGGUUUUUGAAAAGCAGUUUAUUUAAAGUCACAAUCAUCAUGUCGGCGGAUGAAAACAGUGAAUUUAGGCUGUGAUUCAUUUGUGUAAAGACCAUCACAGACAAACCUGACCAUCAACAAUAUGAUACGUAUUAAAUACUCAUUAUGUGCGAAUCUGAAAGUGCAGUUUAAAGUGCUUGAAUGUUCGCGUAUGCAGUGUUUGUACACUUCCAUAUCUACACAUAAAUGUAAAAAUGUUGCAAAUUUGACAGAAAUUUGACAUUUACAACAUAUCACAUCUACAUUUGCCAACCUAUUCAGGACAAAACUGGAUAGCUUAUUUUUUUAAAAAUAUAUAUGUAUCUUUAUGAAGGAGAAUCAGGCAAACACUGAGGAUGUUUUAAGAAUAAAGACAUAGUAGUUUGAGAAAAAAGUCACGUUAUUUUAAGAAUAAAUCACAAUUUUAUCUGUAUGAAAUUUCUUAAUCAGAAACAAGAAAUUGAGUGUUUCCUAAAAAAAUAGGCCCUUUGUCUUGUAGUAUCACAAGAUUUAAAAUAAAUAAAUAAAUACAAA